AUGACGAACAUGCACCCGAGGCUGCCAGCGAGCUCCGCCGACGGCGACGACACCGGCAACAGCGUCAUCGGUGCAUACCGCGUCUUCUACGCAGUCGCCGUCGUGUGCAUUUCCGUCGUCAUCGUUUGUGUGCUCGUCGCUUCCUCUUCCGUCGCCGCAUGGAAAGCUUGCGGCUUCGCAGCCAUGGCGGCUCUGCUCCUCGGCGUCGUUGGCUACUUCGCUCCCAAGGCAUGGAUUCGUGGAAGGGGGAGGCCAGCGAGCGCGCUGCUAGCUGUCACGGCCACGCCGGGCCGGACACGGACACGGGCGCCAGGGUGCGCAUGCGUGUUGCCCGCGAACGUGCCGCUGCCGCCGGCGUUCGCGUACCUGUGCCCGCUCAAGAGCGACGGCAGCAGCAAGCAGGAGGCCACCACGAGCCGCGUGAUGUGCUCGGUCUGCCUAGAGGGCGUGCACGGCGGCGAGAUGGUGCGGCAGCUGCCGGCGUGCAGGCACAUCUUCCACGUGGAGUGCGUUGACAUGUGGCUGCAGUCCCACCGGACAUGUCCGACGUGCAGAUCCGUGACCAAGCCGCCGGUAAUGCUGACAGUGAAGGCGGCGGCGACUGAAGAGGCGCCGGAGUCGUUGCCGCCGGUGUAG